AUGGGCUUAUUCACUUACCUCACCAAAUCCUCCUCCACUCUCAAACCCAACGCUCUAAUCCGCCACAUCCGUUUCAUGAGCAACGUCCCUGAAAACACCGUCUACGGUGGACCAAAGCCACAAAAUCCACAUCAAAGAAUAACACUAACCCAUUUAAAGCAAAAACACAAAAAAGGUGAGCCCAUUACCGUUGUAACUGCCUACGACUAUCCUUCUGCGGUCCACUUAGACACAGCAGGUAUCGAUGUUUGCUUAGUUGGUGACUCCGCUUCUAUGGUCGUUCACGGCCACGACACCACCCUCCCUAUCUCCCUUGAUGAGAUCCUUGUUCAUUGCCGUGCUGUUGCUCGUGGAGCCAAAAGGCCGCUUCUUGUUGGUGACUUGCCUUUUGGGACGUAUGAGUCUAGUGCUAAACAGGCAGUUGAUACGGCGGUAAGGAUUUUGAAGGAAGGAGGAAUGGAUGCGAUUAAAUUGGAAGGAGGGUCGGCGUCGAGAAUUACUGCGGCUAAAGCAAUUGUUGAGGCAGGAAUUGCUGUUAUGGGACAUGUAGGACUUACUCCUCAGGCUAUUAGUGUUCUUGGAGGAUUCAGGCCUCAAGGGAGAAACAUUGCCAGUGCUGUUAAGGUUGUGGAGACUGCAUUGGCUUUGCAAGAAGCAGGGUGUUUCUCGGUUGUUUUAGAAUGCGUGCCUGCGCCUGUGGCUGCUGCAGCAACUUCUGCUCUGAAAAUUCCAACCAUUGGCAUUGGGGCAGGACCUUUUUGCAGUGGCCAGGUGCUAGUUUACCACGAUCUAUUGGGAAUGAUGCAACACCCACAUCAUGCCAAGGUUACUCCAAAGUUCUGUAAGCAGUAUGCACAUGUUGGAGAUGUCAUCAACAAAGCUCUAGUUGAAUACAAGGAAGAAGUGACAAAUGGUUCGUUCCCUGGUCCUGCCCACAGUCCAUAUAAAAUUAGUGAAACUGAGAUAAAUGGUUUCGUGAGUGAAUUACAAAAGUUAGGUUUGGAGAAGGCAGCAGCUGCAGCAGCUGAGAAAAUUAGAAUGGCUGAAUCAAGUAAUGGUCCAGCAAAUGACUGA